AUGGUGGACGUGCCAGAAGACGACACCGAUCUUCGUGCACCAAGCAAGGUGACAACGUUGGAGAAGUUGGCGGAAGAGGCCGUACCAGUGUGUCACAGUCGCAUGGGGUCAAGGUGGAGUGGUCUACAUGCAUGUAGGUCCAGGCGAAUAACUCGCCUGGCGCCGUGUCUGAAACGUCAGGUGCUGUUGCUGUGUACAACGCUGGUGGCCGGGUUGUCCGCCACGGCUCCAUCGGUAUACCAAGCAGUCGAGGUCCAGCAACUCGGCCCAAGUACCUUCAGUUUAGACGACGACGUUCUCGACAUCAUCAACACCCUCUUGCCGGAUAUCUCCAAACUAUUGCGAGACUUUAAGGCAAGAGCUUCCGACACCGCGCUCCACCAAGCAAAACGCUUCAAGGAUCUUAUAGAAUUGUUUAUCCCUCUGAUCAGGAGGAUGAUCGAGUUCGAAGCAGAAGACGAAGGCCGAGCGGUCAGAGAGGAAGAUCUUGAAAUGCUAAAAAACGCAGAACUUGCCUUGUCAUAUCUGAAUUUAUUGGCAGAGUCUGAAUUCAACUUUGAGGAUCCUCCAGAUAUGGAUAUCGGAGAACACACUGACCUCCUGCUGCCAGACUAUACACGAGAACCUGCAAAUAUCCAAGACAUUACUAUUCCAGAGGUUAAAAUACCGGGGGUGACGAUUCCUGAUGUAGUUAUCCCAGAAACUAACCUUCCAGGACUGAAAAUGUCAGAAAAACGCAUUACCAUCCCAGAUAUAGAAGAAACAACAAUUCCAAGACGCAGAAUUCCUUUCGGAGCAAGGAAUACUAGGCCUGGAGCAAGGAAUACUAGGCCUGGAGCAAGGAAUACCAGGCCUGGAGCAAGGAAUACCAGGCCUGGAGCAAGGAAUACCAGGCCUGGUAGAAAAGUGAACACUUCCGCGAGUAAAGACACAAGUAUACCUGCAUCCGACACCAAAUCUUUAGAAGACAUGCACACGGCAGCCACAAGCACCACGGCGGACCAAUCACCAACAUUUAUCAGGUCUACUAGAACGACACUUCCAGGAUUCUCGGUCAGUCGCCGAACUCCAGCCUCCAGAAAAUUGAGACAUCACAGUCCAGACUUAUUAUGAGGAGCCCAAAGAUUCAUUUUAGCUCAAGAUGUAUUUCAUUGUGUAUUUUAUGGAAUUAAUUUUAAAGUCAAAAUAUAUGAAGAAAUUUAACUUAAAAAAACACUACCACUAGCAACUAGUGGUAGUGUCUACAGUAAUUUAAUACAAGUAAAUCCUUCCAUAAACACACAAAAUAUUCCUCCAGUUCUUUAACAAGUAUAUGUUGCUUCAGGGAACCUACGACUGAACUUUUAUUUUAAAGACGUCUCCCAGGAAAGGCAAGGUGGCCUGGCGAGCGUGCAAGGGGUGAACAGUGUGUGAUUAAGCAGCUCACACUUUGGUCUGGAAACGCCACCACAGCUCGCGUGAUACAGGCAGCCUAUCUACUUACAACAAGCCGGUGGACACAUUGUUAUACUUUAACAAACUAGCAUAUAAUUUUAUCUUCUCAUUCACGAGAGAUACAGUUUGAUACAGACUGAUACAGGGUCUGGUGUGUCCGUCAAAGGCAGAGAGACUCGCACCUCUGUUUCACUCCCUAGAUGUCAAAGUACCUCACUGUAAUAUGCUGCCUCAGUACUUUUUUACCAAUCCUUUAGUGUGUUGGUUAUUAUUGACUAAACCAUAACACUUGUAUUAACAUCUUUACUCCUCUACCUCCGCUUCCUGUCAUUCAAAUUCCCAAAGCUGAUAUGACAGUUUUUUUGUAUCACUUCAUAAAAAGCCACUACAUUUAAACCCCUUUGAUCCUCAACCAUCACCUCUUUUACUAGUCUUUCACCCAAUUUCGCCGAUAUUCCUCGAUCACGCUGUUCAUGAAAUAAGCUAUUCUAAGGCUAAAACCAAAAGACUAAAUAGUUAACUCUCUUAACAUUGUAUUCGAGAAUACUAGAAUACACACAACCCUUUUGUAAUUUAUUUUAACAAAACACUCCAGAGGGCAACUUUCGCUGCUCCUGGCCGGGGGCCCCCCGCUUCCUCCCCUCUCUUCGCCGGGGCCAACCGCGUCCUCCCCUCCCUUGGCCGGGCCCCCCCCCCCUGGCCGCUGGCAACAGUGGUACUAGAAAACGUUUUGUCAUAUACAAGAAAAAGAACGAAAAAGUUUGCAAGGAAAUAACACGAAUGUAUUGGUGUAAUGCCAAGCCGUUUGACCCGGAAUUGUUCCAAAGAAUAUCAUAGUACGUACAGCGACUAUGGAAGGAAUGUACAAAUAUGCACUGUUGCGAAGAUAGUACAGUAGAAAAUGUGAACUUGUUAGUUGUGUAUAGCAACCGCGAAAGGGCACGUCGAGGCUGACCUGGUUAGUGAGAUAGUGGCCUGAAGAUAGUGAGGUGAUGGUAGUUAGUGAGGAUGGUGAUGAAGGUGGUGGGUUACAGUGAUGAAGGUGGUAGGAUACAGUGAUGAAGAUGGUGGUUACAGUGAUGAAGGUGGUGGUUACAGUGAUGAAGGUGGUGGUUAUAGUGAUGAAAAUGAUUACAUUGAUGAAGAUGGGGGUUACAGUGAUGAAGGUGGUGGUUAUAGUGAUGAAAAUGAUUACAUUGAUGAAGAUGGUGGUUACAGUGAUGAAAAUAGUGUGUAAUAAAGAUCCUUCGUCACCCGAGCAACGCCGGGUA